AUGAAUUCAGAAUACUACGGAACUGCCCCUCAAAAUGGGUCUGGCUACCCUGGGUCUCCGCCUCCCCAAGGCCAACCCCAAGGGUAUCAGCAAUCAUAUCCGCAACAGUACCCGGAGUCUCAGAAUCAGUACCCUCAACCUCAGCCUCAGUACCCCCAGCCUUACAACGGGCAGCAGCAACAGACCGCCCCUGGUCAAGCCCAGGCCGAUGAACGCGGUCUUGGCGGUGCCCUCGCCGGUGGUGCUGUCGGUGGUUUCGCUGGCCACAAGGCCAACCACGGCUUCCUCGGAACCAUCGGUGGUGCGAUUGCUGGUUCCAUUGCUCAAGACGCCUACAAGAAGCACCAGCAGCAGAGUGAACAGAACCUUCCUCCCCAGGGCGGUGCCUACCCGCAGCAAUACCCUCAGCAGCCAUACCCGCAAGCGGGUCCAUAUCAACAAUAUCCUCCUCAGGGCCCAUAUCAACAAUAUCCCCCGCAAGGUGCAUAUCCGCCGAGUCAAUUCUAUCCACUGAACCAGUUGCGUCACAAUAAAAAGUCUGUGCGGGAAAAACAGGACGAUGUUGAAGAGCUUCAGGACAAGAUUAACCGUGUUUCCCAGCGCAUGCAGCAGGGUCCCUCAAACCAUAAGAUGAAGGAUCUGCGGAAAGACAUGGAAGACUUGCAGAAAGAUCUGAGAAAGGCCCAGGAGGACUACCAGAAAGAAUUAAAUAAGGCGCUAGACGACGAUGCUAAGAAGUGA